CAAUUCCCGUUUCAAAUGCUUUUCGUUUCGCAGCUGGGCAAAGUGGGGCUCAGAGGAUCAGAGAACUUCCCCGAAGCCGAGAAGCUGCCCACGCAGUACCCACAGCUCCACACGGUAGGAAGGCCUGAGGACCGAGGAAGGUCCAAAGCCCAUCACGGGUUAAAACCAUGGAGCUACGGAGCACCACCGAGGCCUAGAGAGACCCCUUGUACCCUAUUGUCCCUUUCACCUCCAACUUCCGGCGGUGCGCCACUUCCGGUUCCGGCGGCGGGCUACAAAGCUCUGCGCUGGGAGUCUGACACCUCCCUUUUCCAGAGUCCCAGAAUGGAGACUGAAGGGUACCUAGAGACACAAAGAGAGAGAGAAGCACAGAAUGAUGAAAUGAGGUCACCAUCAAAUGAGAUGCUGGCUGAGGAGUCAGAAGUUGUCCUCGGAGCAGCUCCCCAGGCCCAGGUUCCAAGAGAGUCUUCCGGGCCUCCGGCAGAGAGCCUCGAAGGAGACUCUGUCGAAGACCUCCAGGCCCUGCCACGAAGGAGCCCUCGCAGCGCCGCAGCCUCCAGACAGAGGUUCAGGAAGUUCCGCUACGAGGAUGCAUCUGGGCCCCGGGAGGUGCUCCGACACCUCCAGGAGCUGGCCGGAGAGUGGCUGAGACCCGAUAUUCACACAAAGGAGCAGAUCGUGGAGAUGCUGGUGCAGGAGCAGUUCCAGGCCGUCCUGCCCGAGGAGCUCCGCGCUCGGGCCCAGAGGUGUCAGCCCGGGGUCAGGAUCACUGGCUGAGUCCUGCCGCCGGGCCCUCGCUCAGCCCACACGUGAGACGUCGCCAGAGGUUCUCUUUGGUGUUGCCAGAGCCAAGGACAGUCACGGGGAAACGUGAACCUCGGUUUUUUUUUGAGCUCGUCUUUGACUAGUUGUAAUAAGAUUCCAUCAGAACCCGUGUCUGGACCUCUCUCUGGCUGAGGCAGCUCCCGUUCCUGGGACUGAGUCCAGAAAGAGUUUCUCUCCCCUCCCGUUCGGACAAUCAGCCUGUUGCUUGUUUUUGCUCUGCGGAAUGCCUCCUGUUUUGCACUUUCCGACAUGCUUUAAUGUAUCGUUAUGUAUCCAAAGAGGUAAUUGCUUCAACUUUCUGAAUUCUUGAUUCUUGCUGUGGUGGCAUGAAUGGAAGCUUCUGUAAUCCCAUCCAGUAAACUUACUUGAGACGUCCUUGAUAUAUUAAAGUUUGGUCCUUAA